AUGAUUGAGCAUAGCGAUCAGGCUUUUGAAUAUCUCAAGCAGCGGAAGGCGGCUCAACGGCCCAAGCGGUUAGGGCCAAAUGAUGAGAUACCAGACUCGGCUGAUGAUAACUCCACGUCGGACCUUGCUCCUCGAUCACCAGUUGCAGAGUCCUCAACAGAUUUCCAACCUGCUCAGAACGCUGAGGCCGUUACACCUAACACAGCCCCGGAAGCUGACGAGGCUGACAAGGCUGAAGACGCAGAUGCGACUGGGCAGACUGACGAAACACUGAAGGUCGCCGAAGGAUCACCCGAAGAAAAGCAGGAGACUCAACUCGAGCCUGAAGAAGCACAGAGCGCCCAGCUGGAGACCGAAGAAUCGAAGGACCCCGAAUUGGAAUCUGAAGAAGUUCGGGAUAUUCUACCAGAGCCUGAAGGAUUACAGAAUGACUCGACACUGGCAUCUGGAGAAGUACAUAAUGACGCCACGCUGGAAUCCGGAGAAGUGCAGAAGGAUACCCAAAUGGAAGUUGAAGAUUCACAGGACACUAGACAAGAACCUGAGCAAGUCGCCGAGUCACCCGUACAGCCCGAUAUAGUCGAAGACGAAGAUAUCACCAUGAGUUCAGAGGAAAGCCCUCCCGAGAGCGCUGCUCAACAGGAAACCGCGGACAGCGAGGAUAUUGUAAUGGAAACUCCAGAAGAUUCAAAUCCAGAACUUCCGCAGCAGAAUGACUCUCAAUCUGGUAGGGAAGAUCAGGAGAUUAUCCUUGACACUCAGGAAGACCCAGCCGAAAACGUCUCAUCCACGAAGGAACCGGAAGAAGUCACUGCGGAACGAGAGGAGGAAAGCUCAUCACACGAAGCAAGAGAAGAACGUUUACCCAGUGUCGAUUUAGCGGAUCUCCUAACUGCCGGCGAGGAUCUCGAGUUCCAGUUUUCGCAGUCUGAACAGAGAGAACUAGAUCAAGGGCCGACGCCUACACCUGCCCACGGGACAGUUAAUCCUUCAAGCGCGGCAAACGACGUUGUCAGCACGAAACAAGAAGAAAGCUUGCCUGCCUCGCCUACACCCGAGUCUGCCAGUGUUGCUCGUACGGAAAAUGACUAUGGGGACGAGACACGGGAGGCCAGCCAACCUCAGCGCUCUUCUGUCGCUACGGAAUCUUCGAACGAUGAAACUCCGCGGCCGCGCCUCUCGUACGCUGAAAUGGGUCGGGCUUCUUCCCUAUCAGAGGGCGUUCCAAGUGAAGUCGUUGAGUCACGGCCGCAAAUUCAACCUGCUUCGAGACGGGCUCGUUCAGGGACACCGAAUCGCAACGCACUCGCUGCGCAAUCACGAAUGUCAUCGUUGUCAAUGUCACCUGUUGUAUCUCGGCCGCCUGCAAUGUCACCGCCAGUGACAAUACCGUUCUCGCCUACAGCGCCGUCUGCCUCGACGCCUUUACAGUUGCCAAUAAUGUCGCAGCCUCCGCCUUCUUCUCAGUCAUCAGCAAUACGGUCACCAACAUCGCAACGCCCGCCUUCAGGGUUACAGCACCCAGUCUCGUCAUGGCCGCCGGAUAACUCGUGGGGAUCGACGACACCACAGCGAUUAGGACCAUCACAAUCAUCUGCUCUUGCGCGUCGGCCUGCACUAUCUCAGUCAAUGGCAACUUCACAACCACCGCCAUCAUCACAGCCUCUAGCGGCCAGGCCCUCAACAUUAUCCCGCACAUCUUCACUAUCUCAACCAUCGACUUCAGGGCAACCGUUCCGUGCCCCAAUAGCGCAAAUGGGGCCUGCAUCGCAAGUAGCAAUGUCUCCUGGACCCGCUGUGUCUAACGGCGAGCAGCCACACAACGCACGGUCGACACCGCAGGUUCUAGCACCUCCCCGCCACUCAGAAGUAGAGAGUCCACUACCAGAAGAUGCUCAGAGUCGGUCUGAAGUCUUGAGGCAUCCCCAUGCAGCUCAGCACAAGGCGUCUGCGCAGGCUUUGGGAAAUGCUCCCCGGCCUAAGGAACUUCCACGUGCGAUAAAGCCCAAGGCACCAUCCAAGCCUUCAGUUGAGAUUGUCUUGCUUAACCGGCAAGCAGUCGAUCAAGCGCGGUCACAGUCCAUGACAACUGGACAGCAAGCAGCAGCAACCAGUCCUACACAGUUGCCGGCGGCUCAUGAAAGACAUUCAGAACCUGCACAGACAACGCCAACGCCGCCAGUUACGUCUGCUACAAGACCUAUAGCCCCAGCUCCGCGCCGCCCGCUACCUCAGGAGAGACCGUCACCUAGACCUUCUGCUUCACCAGUAAAGAGGCGCGAAGCCCCCAAAGACUUGCCGCCACAAAAACAGGCUCCCAGGCUUUCUUCACAGCCUCCUUCUGGGGCCGAGAAUACCCCAGCAGCUCAGCCAGAGCGACCAGCACAAGUACCAUCAGGUCAGCCACCUGCCAGAUAUGCUUCUCGACCUGCUUCGCCGGCACACCAAAACUCACCCCGCUUACCGCCCAUGAAUGUCCCUCUAGAAGGACACUAUAUCCCCAAUAAUAUUUUAGCCCAACAGCAGGCAUCUCUAUCGAGACCUGGAUCUUCGGGACAUGUUGGGCCCCAGCCUAUGCCUUCUCCUCGUCUGACUGCUGGAUCUAUAUCGCGACCCGGCUCUGCAUCCCAAAUGCACAUUAGAUCACAGGCCAUGCCUUCUCCCCAUCAACUGGCGGCAGAAGUUCAGCGACCUCAGUCCAGUUUCCAAGGGCAUCCUGGGUCGCAGCCGAUGUACUCUCCCCGACAAGUUCCUGGUGAAAUUCCUCAUCAUAAUCAUCGUCCUGUUCCAUCACCGCGGCGUCCCUAUGCUGUUCCAGUGCAGCCGCCCCCGUCGCCUCACCAACCUUUUAGUCAUUUCCCCCAUCGAAGCCCCGAGAUGCAGAGCAAUGGUUAUGUUUCCCAGCGUCAUGCAUCAACUGGAACCUUGUCGCCACGGUCGCCAACAGCAGAAAAUCAAUUGCCACCUAUUCGAUUACCAAACAUCUCUCGUCCUCGAUCUGAAGCCCACGCAGGUUCUAACAUGAUCUCGCCGCCACAGACCGCUGUGGGGGCUCGACCAGGACACUAUACGGGACAUCAACAGCCUACGCCACCUAUUAUGCAAUCACCGCGUCUAUCUGCGGCCGAAAUCUCUAGACCGCACACGGCAAGCAACAUGCACCCUCCCCUGGCCACGAUGUCACCAGUCCUAGGGCACACAGAACCGCGAAGGCCAAACUCGAGCUACUCUCGAACCAUGCCUUUUCACGCCCCCUUGCCCACCAUGCAGCCCAACUAUUCGGGCACUGGCUACCAGUCAUCAGCACCAUCUGCACACCAGUACGCCCAGCCUAAUCGUCCUCAAGGACACCUUCGACGACAUUCCGAAAGCGCGUGUCAGCCCCAACUCCAGCAGUAUGCACUCGCAGGCAGCCCCCAGAUAGCAAACUCUACGCCACGGUCCUAUCAGUCCCAUGAGCUCGAUCAGGGCCCGAGACGCAAUCCGGCCCUAGAUCCCUUCCUUUCUGAGCUCUCUCCUAGUGUUCGCAAAGCACUUCUAGAGCAAGUUGGAGCAGAAGGACCCGAUCUUGUCCCCUACGACUUUCGCAUCAACCAAAACAGGUAUCGAUGCCCCUUUUGCAAGGAAUCGACUCUGGAACCGAUAGCGCUUGUCAAUCACAUCAAGAUGAGCUGCCCAAUGCUGGAGGAGAAGUACAAACAGGACAAGAUUGAGCAGGGUUUUGAAGCGAAUAGGGGCAAGCGAGUCAAACCAGCUAAGAGAAAGAGUCAGAUGGCCCAAGCAGCCAAGAAUGCCCGAGUUCGGAGUUAA